AUGCAUUUUCUUAGUGAGUAUGCACUUCUCAUUCUGAUAGGCAUUCUACCAAUCUUUUGCCAGGCGUAUGGUUCUACGCCUGACUCGAUAGUGGACAGCAUUCUUGAGUCACUUCCUGUCGAUUUGACGAAUUUUGAAAUUCCUAAUGUGAACCUAGUUGGCACAAUCCAGAUUACCAAACUGGGAAAUGUGAGUCGUGCUUGUCCGAUGACGGUGAAUGAAACGAUGGAUAACAAACUUCUGUCGUUUGAUUUCAGCACCUGUGUCAAUGUCACUGACAUUUCUAUCACCCUGACAGACACAUCGGUUACAAUUUCCAUCACUGAGGCAAAAUUCGACCUUCACGCGCACUUCACGAAGUCCGUGAAACCGGCACCAAAGGUCACCUUAACGAUUAGUGUUUGGAAGGGCAUCAAUGUCAAGGGACCCAUUUUGAUAACCAUAAUCAUUAGACCGAUUGUGAGUAGUAGCACCGCCGUUCAACGUAUCCUCCAAUCUGCGAUCGACUCGGCUCUGCAGAAAAUUGACUGGCAAAAGUACUGA